AGACAAAAGUGUAUAUAUUUAUAUGGCAUCUGCGAUUUUUCAAUCAUUUACUUUACUUCUGUUUGCGAAGGUUUAGUGUUUCUCGCGCUUUGUCUUGACGUAUUAGAUUAUUAUUCGAUUUGGUACAAUGACUUGGUUUUUUUCAAUUUCGAUCGUCUAUAGCUUUUUUUUGUGGCUCAUUAAUUGUCAGAACUUUAAUAUUAUCCGACACCUGUCAGAAAAUAGCCAUAUGCCCCAGUCUCGUACCAUUCGAGGAGAGCAGAUACCAUUGGAAUUUUAUGAAGCUAUCAUAAGUUCGGAUAAUAGUAAGAUCGAGCUGCAGCAUCGAUUGCAGCACUUUUUGGAAAAUCUACAAAAGAAUCUUACGACAUCUACGGUAUUUAGAGACUUUCAAACAUCUGCAUCUAGAUCGGAGAACUAUGUCACCAAGAUGACUGAAUUGUCAACAUUUUUCCUUGAUGCUUCCAAUUCUGCUAGUACAUUUGCACAAGAAAGCGAAAAGUUCUAUGAUCUAAUAAAGAACUCAAGCUAUGCAUUGUUGUUGAAAUUACGACAAGUCCCUGCAGCACAGCCCACACAGGUAAAGAUUCUGCUAACAAACUAUUUUUCGGAGAUGGAGUUCUUUCAUAUUAUGUUUUCCGAAAUUGUGGACGAAGCAUUAGAAUAUACUGUGGGAACACUGCGUGCUGUUCAACGAGUAUUCCUCCAUUUCGCCGAUGUUCAGAGUUUCAUACUACAGGACUGGAAAUUGAAGCUUGACUUUGAGUGCUGCAAAAUGUACAUGGACUUCUUACAAUAUCAUUCCGCGCAGGUAUUGAAAUGCGCGGCUGGCCAUGAACUAAACGUCGCAUAUGACGUGUACGCUGUGACAAAGACAAAUGCAAAAUAUAUAAUGAGGCAGCUGGAGUUCCGAAUUCAACGACUUUUCAACUGUUUUAUCUUCAAAAGUUACGAAAUACGAUGCCAAUUUCUCCAAAAUGCCGACAGGGAUUUUGAAAGUCUCUUCAGUAAGCUCGAAGAACUAGAAAUGUAUCUGGAUAUAAAAACUAAACAAGGUCGCUCUUCAAAUUUGAGAUUUUACCGACAAAGCCAAAUCCGUUAUGACGAUGUCACUACAAAAUCGACGGAGCCUCUCAGUGACUGCCUACCAAACGACUUUCCCUACAAUCAAAUAAAAUCAGAAUUAAGAUCCUGCUUUAUUUUAUUUGAUGGAAAAUGAAAAUGAAUAUUAGGCAUUUUAAAUGUAAUAUCUAAUAUAACAAAUUCUUCGUUUCUUUGUAAGUACAUAGUUACUCAAUCUGAAUGACAUCUUUAUUUAUCAAGAAGUCGGAGAUUUUCGAUAAAAUGUUUGCAUAAAAUGUA